GUACUUGACCUAUUUCUUGUUGCGUCAUCGUCUUCAGCGUCAUCUCAAUUAUAUCCAGUUCUUUAAAGUAAAAUAACCGUGGCGGAUGUGUUGAUUCUGGUGGAUUGAAAGUGAAGCUGAGGUCAUGGAGAAGUGAAACAUCUUAUGGUGAUGUGACUGAGUCUGACUCUUCAGAUUCAGUCCCCGGAUUCUGACCGGAGCGCAUCUCUCUGCUUGAGUUCCAUCUGAAACACGGAUAGGAUGGACCCGGACACGGACAGGGCGUGCUGAGGGUGACUCCUUUUCUUUCUUUCUUUCUUUCUUUCUUUCUUUCUUUCUUUCUUUCUUUCUUUCUUUCUUUCUUUCUUUCCUUCCUUCCAUGGGGACGUUUUUAAAUAAAAGUAAAAUCCUGGAACACCGAGGCCACCUGAGCCAGCCGCAGGUGGAGGCGGCCGGAGACGACGUACGUGGACCGGACCGGGUCCUUGGCGUCCGCGCGCUUACCGGCUGCGUCCUGUUCGUCCUGAUCGUCUCCACUCUGCUGGGCAACACGCUGGUCUGCGCCGCCGUCGUUAAGUUCCGCCACCUGCGCUCCAAAGUCACCAACUCCUUCGUGGUGUCGCUGGCGGUCUCCGACCUGUUCGUGGCAGUGCUGGUGAUGCCGUGGCGCGCGGUCUCCGAGGUGGCCGGCGUCUGGCUCUUCGGGCGCUUCUGCGACACCUGGGUGGCUUUCGACAUCAUGUGCUCCACCGCAUCCAUCCUCAACCUGUGCAUCAUCAGCAUGGACCGCUACUGGGCCAUCUCCAGCCCGUUCAGGUACGAGCGCAGGAUGACGCGCAGGUUCGCCUUCCUGAUGAUCGGCGUCGCCUGGACGCUCUCCAUCCUCAUCUCGUUUAUCCCGGUGCAGCUCAGCUGGCACCGCGCGGAUAACUCCAGCCGCACCGGCCCGGGCGACUGCAACGCCAGCCUGAACCGGACCUACGCCAUCUCCUCCUCGCUCAUCAGCUUCUACAUCCCCGUGGUCAUCAUGGUGGGCACGUACACGCGGAUCUUCCGCAUCGCGCAGACCCAGAUAAGACGCAUUUCCUCUUUGGAGAAGGCUCCAGAAGCCCGCGCGCAGACGCAGCGGCUCUCCACCACGACGCACACCGAAAGCACGCUGAAAACGACCUUUAAGCGGGAAACCAAGGUUCUAAAGACGCUGUCCAUCAUCAUGGGGGUGUUUGUGUUUUGCUGGCUGCCGUUUUUUGUCCUGAAUUGCGUGGUGCCGUUCUGCAACGCGGACCAGCCCGGAGCCGCGCCGUGCGUAAGCGACACCACCUUCAGCAUCUUCGUGUGGUUCGGCUGGGCCAACUCGUCUUUGAACCCGGUGAUUUACGCGUUCAACGCGGACUUCCGGAAGGCCUUCUCCACCAUCCUGGGCUGCAACCGAUGCUGCUCCGCCUCGGCGGUGGAGACGGUGGACUUCAGCAACGAGCUGGUCUCCUAUCACCACGACACCACGCUGCAGAAAGAGCAGGUGACGACGGGGCCCGGGCCGCAGAGACUCGUCCCGGCGCGCACGGCCGGGGAGCUUCAGCAGAACUUCGACAAACUUUCCGAAGAUCACCGGAACCAGCGGAAUCUGCUGCUCCCCGCCCUCCUGCAGUUUGAGUGCGAGCCAGAGAUCUCUUUGGACAUGAUGCCAUUUAACUCCUCAGAGCACAACGACUGCUGUGUUAUUCCCGGUCAGAUCCAGGACCUCUGAGGGUUUUUCAAAAACCAGGCCGAGAUGAACUGAUACCUGGAAAUAUAUCAGAUUAUUUUAGAAGAUGUAUCACCUUAAAUUAUUGUCCCCCCUUUUUAAAAAAUUUAUCUGGCUCGUCUGCAAAGCCAUGUGAAUA